AUGGCUGCUGCCGGAGCUACAGGUUCGGCAAGAGGUCCGGCCCAAGCCGCUGUGCCCAAGCCUCCGACGCCCCCCCCGCCCCCCACGCCUGCUGCCAUUGCUGGCGCGGAAGUGGCUGCUGCUGGGGAGGCGCUAGGGUUUAGAGCCCUUAUUCAAGCUGCAAUAGCUGAAGGUGUGGGUAUGGGGGAUGCAGCAGGGGAGGGUGCAGCGACAGGGGGGGUAGUUGCAGGGGGUGUUGCCGGGGGUUUUGGAGCAGGGUCGGCCCGGGCGGGUGGUGAGAGAGAGGUGGGAGGUUUUGGAGAUCUGAUUCGCGCUGCAGUGGGAGGUAAGGAAGGCAGGUCUGGGAGGGUGGGAGCGGUAACAGCAGCUGAGGAGAUAGUUGUGGGUUCUGCGGUAGAGGAGGUGGAUGGGCUGGGAGGAGGGGCAGGAGGAGGAGGAGAAUUAGGAGGAGAGAGAGGAGGAAUGGGAGAGAUGGGAGGGGCAGCAUCAGCCGGAAGAGCAGCAGGAGCGGCAGGAGCAGCAGCAGGAGAAACAGGGGUUCAUGCUGUUCAUGCGUCGACUCAGAAAGUGAGGGUGGCAGAGGCCAUAGCGCGAAUGAGCCAGCAGGAGGUUCGGGCGGCGCUGCGGCAGGUGCGGUUUGGCACGAAACUGCAGGGGCUGGUCCGGGAGGAGGUGGGGCGGAUGGUGCGGGCGAACAGGGAGGCUCGGCUGCGGGAGAUUGCUAGGCUGCUGGGGGAGGAUUAUCCUCCUCCUGCUGCUCUGGGUGUUGCGCCUUUUACUCCCAGGGCUGUGCCUCUCACUUUGAGUGAUUCAACUCCUCCCCCUGCUGCUGCUCCAAGUUUCAUGCCAGACAAGGACCUGCCCCCCCUGCUGCCGCUCACAAGACGGGAGGACGAGCAGGAGGAGGGAGGGGAGGAGGGAGGAGGGGAUGGGGUGCGGAUAGAGAGAUGUAGUGGUGGUGAUGCUGGUGAUGCCUCUGGGGUGGUGCUGACGCCCAGGGAUCGCCUCAAGCUUCGGAUUCAUCAGAAGAUGUUGCGGCUUGCGGACUUUCAGGUGUGUUUUCAGGCGAAGGUGAGGAGAGAGCUGGUGGCAGAGGAGCAGGAGAUUCAAGCCAUGCCCGACCGCCCCUACUGCUCCUUCCUCCGCUGGGCCCACCGGCAACGAUGCCGCACCGCAACCCUUCUUCCCGCGAAGGUGAGGAGAGAGCUGGUGGCAGAGGAGCAGGAGAUUCAAGCCAUGCCCGACCGCCCCUACCGCUCCUUCCUGCGCUGGGCGCACCGGCAACGGGCCGAAAUCGCCAAGUCGCACGCCGUGACGCGCCGCGCCGCCCGCGACCGGCUGCUCAAGGCCGUCUUCGCCGCCCGGCGGCAGAUCCUCGCCGACCGCCAGCUGGCGGCGCGCGACGGGCGGGCGGCGCGGAAUCGGCACGUAGUGAGGUUCCACGAGCAGGCGGCGAGGGAGGCGGCGAGGCGGCGAGAGGAGGAGCGGCAGAAGCGGGUGGAGAUGUUACUAAAGAGUAACGAUAUGGAUGCUUAUAGAGCGAUGCUGGAGGAAGAGAAAGAGAAGGCGGGGGUGGGGAAGGGUGCAAAGGAGAGGUUUGAAAUGCUGAGCUCGUUUCUGAGCCAGACGGAGGAGUAUUUGCGGAAGCUCGGGGGGAAGAUCUGUGCUGCUAAGAGCGUUCAAGUGGUGGAGGAAGCUGCUGUUGCUGCUGCUGCUGAGGCCAGGGAGAAGGGUAUGAGCGAGGAGGAGGUGGAGGCGUAUGUUCAACGGGUGGUGGCCAGCCUGUCUCGUAACGACGGCCCCGAGGGAGAUGAGGUUGGAGGAGAGACAGGCGCGGCUGCUGUGUCCAAGUACUACAAGCUGGCUCACUCGGUCUCGGAGACCAUCACCCACCAGCCGUCCAUGCUGCGCAUGGGCACCCUCAGGGAAUACCAGAUGGUGGGGCUGCAGUGGAUGGUAUCGCUCUACAACAAUCGCCUCAACGGCAUUCUGGCGGACGAAAUGGGCCUGGGGAAGACAGUGCAGGUCAUGGCGCUACUAGCGUAUCUGAUGGAGCACAAGAGCAACUACGGCCCGCACCUCAUCAUUGUGCCCAACGCCGUGCUCGUGAACUGGAAGGCGGAACUGCACGCCUGGCUGCCAUCCCUCUCUGCUGUCUUCUAUGUGGGAGGCAAGGACCAGCGCGCCAAGCUCUAUACCAAGGAGAGAGAGCAAGGGCCCAACGCCGUGCUCGUGAACUGGAAGGCAGAGCUGCACGCCUGGCUGCCAUCCCUCUCUGCUGUCUUCUAUGUGGGCGGGGAGGACCAGCGCGCCAAGUUCUAUACCAAGGAGGUAGCCCCGAUGAAGUUCAACGUGCUGGUGACCACAUUCGAGUUCAUCAUGCGGGACAGGGAAGUAGCCCCGAUGAAGUUCAACGUGCUGGUGACCACAUUCGAGUUCAUCAUGCGGGACAGGGCGCGCCUCUCCCGAGUGGACUCGCCAAUGAAGUUCAACGUGCUGGUAACCACCUUCGAGUUCAUCAUGCGUGACAGGGCCCGCCUCUCCAAAGUAGACUGGCGCUACCUGGUGAUUGACGAGGCGCACCGCAUGAAGGACCGGGAUUCUCGGCUGUCACGAGAUCUGGACAGAUUCAGAGUGCAAAGAAGACUGCUGCUCACCGGCACUCCCCUCCAGAAUGACCUGCGGGAGCUCUGGUCUCUUCUCAACCUUCUCCUUCCAGACGUGUUUGACUCCAGCAAGGUUUUCAACGACUGGUUUGCUUCCCCUUUCCAAAAGGACACCAAAGGAGGCGGGGGAGGAGGAGGAGGAGGCGGAGCAGGAGGAGCAGGGGGGGCAGGAGGGGCAGCAGCGGAUGAAAUAGAAUGGCUAGAGACUGAAAAGAAAGUGAUUGUAAUCCAUCGUCUACACCAGAUUCUCGAACCUUUCAUGCUGCGCCGCAUGGUGCAAGAUGUAGAGGGAAACCUACCGAAAAAGACCUCUGUGGUGCUCCGCUGCCCGCUCUCUGCUUGCCAAGCCGCGAUCUACGACUGGGUCCGAGCCACGGGCACGCUUCGGACCGACCCUGAGCAGGAGGCUCGGCGGGUGGCUGCGGGGAAGAGCAGCGGGAGUACGGUGCAGAGGUAUGUGAGGGAGUUUGUGCCGGUGCAGAACAAGU